UUACGCCGAGUGCGUGACGUUUCCGUCGUUUGUCUUAUCUCUAGGCUUAGUUGGGAAAUAUAUUGGACUUCAGACGAAAAUCUGUGGUCCAGUAUAUUUCAGCAGGUGAUUAAAUAACUAAAGACUGUGUAAUUAACUUUUGAAAGAAGAGCUAGAAGUAUUACUUGUCCGAAACCACAUAAAACCAAACGGUUUCGUAACUAACUUUUUAAAGAGAUAGAGGUAUUGUUUGUCCGACAACAUGAAAGAAGAAUCACUCACCGGUGCUCAGAUCCUAGCUGAGUCUUUGAAAGCACAAGAAGUAGAAUACAUGUUUGGCAUUGUUGGCGUCCCUGUGAUUGAAGUAGCAAUGGCAGCCCAAGCAGUUGGAAUUAAGUACGUGGGAAUGAGGAAUGAACAAGCUGCCAGGAGCAUGCCUGGUAGUAUCUGGUCCAGGUCUCAUCCAUGCUUUGGGUGGAAUGGCAAAUGCAAAUGUCAACUGCUGGCCAGUAGUUGUUAUUGGAGGUUCAUCUGACAGAAACCAGGAAAAUAUGGGGGCCUUUCAGGAAUUCCCACAGGUUGAAGCCUGCAGACUAUACAGCAAGUUCUGUGCCAGACCCAGCAGCCUGGAUGCCAUUCCGCUCGUUGUUGAGAAGGCAGUACGAAGCAGUAUAUAUGGUCGCCCUGGUGCCUGUUAUAUUGACAUAGCUGGAGACAUGGUAAAUGCCACAAUAGACAAGUCAAAAGUACAGUAUAUCCCAUGCUGUUUGCCACCACCUGUGUCGAUGGCAGAGCCCUGUGCCAUUGCUAAGACAUUGUCCAUUCUGAGGAGCUCUCAGAGGCCCCUUCUCAUAAUUGGAAAAGGUGCUGCUUAUGCGAGAGCUGAAAAGAAUAUCAACGAAUUUGUAGAUCGCUGUGGUUUGCCAUUUUUACCUACUCCAAUGGGGAAAGGAGUAGUGUCUGAUGACCACCCAAACUGCGUGGCUGCAGCAAGAUCCAGGGCUUUACUGCAUGCUGAUGUAAUUGUGCUGCUAGGUGCCAGAUUAAACUGGAUGUUGCACUUUGGACUUCCGCCUAGAUAUCAUCCAGAUGUGAAAUUUAUUCAGGUUGAUAUUUGCGCAGAAGAACUUGGAAAUAAUGUGAAACCCAGUGUUGCCUUGCUGGGUGACAUAAAGGCAGUAGUACAGCAGCUUUUAGAAUAUGUCCAAGAACAGCCAUGGAAAUACCCAUCUAGCUCUGAGUGGUGGAAAAUUCUAAAAGAUAAAAUUAAGGAAAAUGAAGAUGCUUCCCAGGAACUGGCUUUGCAGAAGUCAUUACCCAUGAAUUAUUAUACGGUGUUCCAUUGUAUCAGAAAGCUGCUACCCAGGGACUGUCUCAUAGUAAGUGAAGGGGCAAAUACGAUGGACAUUGGACGCACUAUACUUAAGAAUUUCUUGCCACGCCACAGGCUUGAUGCAGGCACAUUUGGAACAAUGGGAGUUGGUCUUGGUUUUGCUAUAGCAGCUGCAAUGGUUGCUAAAGAUCAUUAUCCUGAGCAACGAGUUGUUUGUAUUGAAGGAGACAGUGCAUUUGGAUUUUCAGGCAUGGAAGCAGAGACCAUAUGCAGGUAUAACUUGCCCAUUAUUAUCAUCGUGGUUAACAAUAAUGGCAUCUACAGUGGACUUGAUGAGGACACUUGGAACGAGAUGACAAAAUUGGGUGAACCUGCCACAGUGGUACCUCCAGUUUCUCUUCUUCCUAAUACCCAUUAUGAACAAGUGAUGUCUGCAUUUAGAGGAAAAGGCUACUUUAUACAAACACCACUAGAACUACAAAAAGCUGUUGAAGCCAGCUUGUUAGAUAGCAGAACACCAGCUCUUCUUAAUGUAAUGAUUGAUCCUUCAUCUGACCGGAAGAAACAAGACUUCCACUGGCUUACACGCUCCAACCUAUAAAACCAACAGUGUGAAAAUCCAGUUAUCAGGGGACAGUAGAAAUUUGUAAUGAAAUAAGCUGCAUUAAUUCAGCAGACUGACUAUAUUUUAAAGAAUUUUAAUUUUUUGUAAUUUAAAAACUGUAAAUAUUUUCUUGCCAGGAAGCAUAAAAUGUGAAUCAAAUUAUGUUUGAUAUAUGUGGAAAGAUUUGUUUAUAGUAUGUAUGACCAUAAUUUGGGAGGAGGACUCCCAGCUACAAGUUCAAAGAAUGUUGGGCUUUGCAGUAUUAUUUAGCUCCUAAAUAAAUUUGCUAACAUUAAAGAAAUAUUCCUCUUCUACAUCUGUAGUACAGUAUAUAAGUGUUUGACAUUUCUUAGCAGUUGAGUAGGGAGUGACAUUUUAUAAAUAGUGUUGUAAGAAAAUGUGCAACAUUUCAUAGCUGGGCAACCUGUAUGUCACUUGUGUUGAACUGAAUGCUAUAGAUGGUAGUGCUCCACUUUAACUUUAUGGAUUCUACAAAGACUCAGAGUUGGUGACAUCUGUGGUGAUUAUAGCGACUGUGAAGUUAAGAUCUGAUGUUGUCUUUUCCACCUGAGGUCGACCAGUGGGUUAUCAGAUCUGCCUGUGAUCUGAGACUGACCAUAUCCAAAGAACUUCAUCUCCCUGAGUUCCGCUUCCUCUGCCCAACUCCAACUAACCCCAGAUUUUGUUUGCCACCCUCCAGAAUAGUAGCUUGAUCUCAAGCUACAUUGAGGUUGUAUCCUUUGACUGGCUUGCUUGUACUAGUACCUGUUUCUCCUCUACACUUUUUCUUACUGCUAUAGUUUAUCUUUAGGAUUUUUUUGUGUUGUUGUGUUUGGUAUCAGUGGCUAAUUGGUAGGUAGACUGUGUGAUCUAGCAUUAGCAGGCUUUUCCCACCUUAUAGUGUUUCUCUCUGUUAGGAGGUUUUUAUUACUGUCCUCUGUUUAGCCCAGAUGCAGUUAGUUUAAUCCCUCCGGCCUUGGGUCCUAGACUUAAGGCCUUGGCUCCGUCAAAUUUUUUUCCUCCCUUGGGCCUGUUGGCUCCGUGGUUUUCAGUGCUGGUUGCCUUAUGACCUGUGGGGGUCAUAUCCGACAGCUUGACUAAUUUCAGCUUCCACCCCUGCCUUUAAUUCUCAACUCCGGCUGUCUCCGAGCCAAGCAGACAAUGGACAGACCCUUCAUUACUGGUUUGCCAGGUUGGGAUCGAUGCUUUGGGUCUCCAAAUCAUCUCUCCCUCUUGGCACUUUGGCUCAUGCAGCUCAGUUGUAGUCUGUGCAUCAUGGCAGGUAGGAGCUGCUGCAGAGUCUAGCAUGUCCUUAGAAUCAUCGGAUCCCAAGCAUGCUGGCUCUGGGUGGCCAGCUUCAGCUUCUGUUUUUGACAUUGUAGAGAGAGAGUGGUUAGUGCCAAUUAGCAUUCCUCCCCCCUUAUCAUCUGUGUCUGCUGACUCUCCUCAACCUGCUCUCAGACAGCCCAUUCUGACUAGCCUACAACCUUCCAGGACCCUCAGCCUCUUCCGCUUCCCCUCCUAGGUUUCCCUGGUCAAGAAUGUUUUGGCAAGAGGCAGUGAAAAAGAAAGCACCUGGAGUAUCCAGAGGAAUCCUCACUGAGGACAUCAACCUUGAUGAAGGACAGGGGUCCCCAAAAUCCCAACAUCAGCAUGCCUGUUCUGACAACCGUAUGGAGCUCCUCCAUCAACACAGGGGCUGGAGAACCAAAGCCCCAUCUCUGGAGAAGUUGGUGUUUCUGGCAGCUUUCAGAGUGACCCCAUCCACAUCUUGAGUGGUCCACCCUCUGGACACACACAUUGAUUUGGUGUUUCAGAUGGCCUGGAGAGAGCUCGAUACAGUGGAACCAAUCCCCAAGAAGCCUGAUAAAAAUUUUGGCUCCUCCCAAUGAUCGUUAAUAUUGGAGUAAGGAAUCCAUUGAUGCUACUGUGGUGGUGACAGCCACCAAAAAGGACAUUUCAGAAAAAGUUCUUUGGUCCACUCCCCUAAUAGGGAAUCUAGGGCACUGGACCGACUGGGGAAGCACUCCUACACAUCAGCCAUGUUUGUGCUAUGGGCAUUAAGUUACCUAGCCCACUUGGCAAGACUUCAGUGAGAUUUUGUGUCCAAGGUGUCAAGACUGGCUGAGACGCAACAGACUCCAGAAUCUUAGAAGACUGUGGAGACUCAGUUGUACAUGUUGCAGUUGGUUGCUAAUGUGUUCAUGCAUCCAAUUUCUAAUGCAGACAAUGGCACGGCCUAGGCUGCGGGUGCUGGCAUCAUGUGUCGCCAUACUUGGAUGAGAUUGUGGAACUUUGCAGACUGUCUCCAGAUGUCCUUUGUUAAUACCCCAUAUGACAGCUCCUCCCUCUUUGACUAUAGAGU